CGUUGCGUCAGUGUUUUCAGACGUCCAGGGAUCACAGCUGCUGAGACGGAUCUUUGGUUUGCACAGUUAAAGGCCGCAGCAGCAAAAGAUGAGCGGAACCACUGGAAAGAUGCUGUGCCUGGGGAACAAUACCUUUUUUAAGCAAGCCUUUUCCCUUUUAAGGUUCAGAACUUCAGGAGAGAAUCCCAUCUAUUCUGCAGGUGGCAUUCUACUGAGUACCAGUCGGCACUACAAAUCAAAGCCCACCCAUGGCAUUGGAAGAUACAAGCAUCUCAUUAAAGCACAAGAGCCCAAGAAGAAGAAGGGAAAAGUGGAAGUGAGACCCAUUAAUUUGGGGACAGAUUAUGAAUAUGGGGUUUUAAACAUUCACAUGACUGCAUACGACAUGACCCUGGCAGAGAGUUAUGCCCAGUACGUUCACAACCUCUGCAACCAUCUCUCCAUUAAAGUUGAGGAAAGUUUUGCAAUGCCCACCAAAACCAUGGAGAUGUUGCGGCUGCCGGACCAAGGCAGCAAGAUGUUCCUGGACGCAGUCCUUACCACCCAUGAGCGAGUGGUUCAGAUCAGCGGUUUGAGUGCUACGUUUGCAGAGAUUUUCUUGGAAAUAAUACACAGCAAUCUUCCUGAAGGAGUCAAAUUGUCAGUGAAGGAGCACACUGAAGAAGACUUCAAGGGAAGGUUCAAAGCUCGGCCAGAACUGGAGGAACUGUUGGCCAAGUUGAACUAGCUAUUGCAGACCCUUUCAUGCCAACACUGGUGAUACUGAGUGCCAGGGAGAAGAGCUUCCUGGCUGGUUAUAGUUAAGCAGGAUACUGUGAUCCUUAGAUUUAAUAAGUACCCAUCCUCACAGCCAGGAAUGCCUCCUCUCCUCUGUGGCGUGGCUGUGCUUUCCAGUUUGUUACCACUUUGAGCUAACCUUCAUUAUCCUCCAUCUAAUAAAAAUCUGCUGCUGCUGGUGUGUGUA